GGAAUGCUCUCUUCUCGGGUUCUCGCUGUGCAGCGUCGCAGUGUCUCUCGAGAGAUGAAAGCUUGUCCCAUGCGUGUCUCCAAUUAAUCUCCUGUGGCGGCUGCCUCGACUUCAUCAUUCCCCAGGAAGAAAUCUCAGGCUUCUUGAAAGGAAUACUUGUCAAACCUACUUGGGAAAACUUCCAUCACCUAAGAAAACAACCCUGAAAGGAUAGGCAGCACCACGAGCCUUUUCCAGCCGUCCUCCGAUUGCCAAUUAUAUAAUGAAUCCAUCAUUGACCGUCCUAUUCAUCUUGUUUCCCUUUUUUGUGUCUGCGAUAAUGGAGCAGACAUGCCCCAACGAAGACACAUCACCCUGCACAUGCACCAAAUAUUCGGAUGGUGAUGUGAGAGUGGAUUGUUCGAGUGCCAGUUCUGCUGCUGCAAUUUCCUCAGCCCUGACGAAGGACUCAUGGCCCUCCAUUCAACUCUGGGAAUUCGUCAUUGAAGACAAUGUGGAAGUAGCAGAACUCCCGGAAGGAAUAUUUGGGGAUCUUUCCUUCCAGCGGAUAUUUAUGAGAAACACUGCAGUGAAGAAGAUCCAUCCAACAGCCAUCCUCCCUUUCAAACGGCUCCUUACGUACCUCGCCAUUAUCGAUAGUCGUCUGGAGAACUUCCCUUUUCAUAUUCUUCAUGAAUUCCGACAUCUGCGAGAACUCCGGCUCUUCAACAAUCUGUUGACCUUCGUCCCGACUUUCAAGAGCGAAAGUCUAGAAAUACUGCGCCUUAACAGCAACAAGAUCACGAAUCUGGCGUUCGAUGGAUUGGUGACUCCCAAAUUGACGUGGCUCGAUCUCCACGACAAUUGGUUGACCUCAUUCCCAAUCUCCAAAAGCGACAGCUUGGAGCUACUCGGUGUCGGUGGCAAUAACAUCACCAGUGUGAAGUUCGACGGGUGGGCGACUCCCAAUUUGAAAAAACUCUAUCUUCACAACAAUUUCUUGACAUCUGUCCUGGCCUUCAGGAGCGAAAGCCUAGAAAUACUUAGUCUUGAUAACAAUAAGAUCACGAGUGUGGACUUUGACGGAUGGGCGACUCCAAAUCUGACGCGGCUCGAUCUCGACAACAAUUUGCUGACCUUUGUCCCGGCCUUCAAAAGCGGCAGCCUGGAAAUACUUCAUCUCGAUGACAACAAGAUCAGGGGUGUGGAGUUUGACGGAUGGGUGACUCCGAAAUUGAAGGAACUCCAUGUCUACAACAAUUUGUUGACCUCGUUCCCGGCCAUCAAGAGCGAGAGUCUAGAAAUUCUCAAUCUCCACAACAAUAACAUCACGAGUAUGGAGUUCGACGGCUGGGCGACUCCCAGAUUAAGGGAAUUCAGCAUUGCAAAAAAUCCCCUUUCGAGGCUCCCUUCUGAAAUAAUCAAGGGCAUGAAGAAUCUCGAGAAAUUCUUUUCUUCAGAGUGCAAUCUGGGUCCAACCCUUUCAAGAGGAGUCCUGGAAUUCAAAAGCAACGCCUUGAAACUGGUAACACUUUGGGGAAACAAUAUCUCCAAACUGGAUGAAGAACCCAUCACAGGUCUAGGACCAAAUACCGAGGUUCAACUAACCAACAACGAAAUCGUUGUAUUGUUUGAGGGGAUCUUCCAUCCAAUGUUGGACAUCCUCUCGAAGGGAGAUGGAGUCCUCUAUCUAGACGGUCUAGGACCAAAUACCGAGGUUCAACUAACCAACAACGAAAUCAUUGUAUUGUCUGAGGGGAUCUUCCACCCAAUGUUGGACAUCCUCUCGAAGGGAGAUGGAGUCCUCUAUCUAGACGUAUGUGGGAAGAAAGAAAGUCAAAUUCAACUAUCAGCAGGAGGAAAUGCGUCUGAAAUCGGAGAAUGGCCAUGGCAAGCGGCCAUUUAUGACAUCAAGAAAGAAGACGUUAUUUGUGGAGGGGCUCUCAUUAGGGAAGAGUGGGUGCUGACAGCUGCCCAUUGUGUCGUUGUAGUUGGUACCCUCAGACCUCGGAAAACUGAAGAAGUUUUUGUCCACCUUGGGAAGUAUUACCGAUCUUAUAACAAGACAGAUGAACACGUGCAGAUCAGAAAAGUGUCUCGCAUAAUCUUGCAUAAGGACUUCAACUUAUAUAGUAACUACGACUCGGACAUAGCUUUAUUGAAACUAACAAGACCUGCCGUGCUAACGGCGCGAGUUCAGUUGGUAUGUCUUCCGAGCCGAUUUGAUUUAUCUGAGGCAAUCCUCGACAGUGGAGUGACAGGAUGGGUGGCCGGUUGGGGUUAUGACGGCUCGGAUGAACUCGCAGCUGUCCUGACUGAGGUUCAACUCCCGGUGAUAUCCAAUCGCAAAUGUGUUUGGGACACGCUUAAUUUCACGCGUGACCCUGGCGUCACUCGUACCCUCACCUCAAAUAUGUUUUGCGCUGGUUUUUCUGCGGAUACUCCUUUUGAAGAUUUUCGAACAGUGUGUUCAGGGGACUCGGGAAGUCCCAUGGUCUUCCUCUCCAAUUCAUCACGGGACAGCGACUGGGCGAUGGAAGGGAUCGUGAGUCACUUUUUCCAGAAAGGUAUUUGUUCCAAGAGACGCCCUGGACAGUAUGGCAUUUUCACCAAAGUUAAUAGGUUCACCCAGUGGAUCAACACGGGCCGUUUCCUCGUCUUCUUCUUGUGCCAACUGACUGUGAAGGGGGAAAACCUCAGAGGAAAAACGUAUCGGCAGCUGGAUGGGGUGAAUGCGAGUAUUAUCUAUCCUCUUCUGGAAGUUUUUGUCAACAGCACUGUGAUCUGUGCAAAUUUCUGUCUGAGGAUCACUGGGUGCAGGGCCUUUUCAUUGGACAUGAAUGGGGAAGCAGACAAUUUUGCGUGUCGACUCGCAGGAGCCAAUUCUCAAGUGGGGACGCCUGGCGGCGGUGUCGUCUCGGAGUUAUAUUACGAAUGCGGUGUCGUUCCAGAGGGCUACGUCUUCGCGGCGAUGACGGGCGGGAAGGUUCACUUCCUGAAGGUUUCGAGCGACGCCCGCAGUUACGCGGAUGCACUCGCCGCCUGCGAGGUCGAGGGAGGGCGGUUGGUCAUGGACAACGGGGGUCAGGCGUGGCACGACCACAUCAAGCACUACAUCGCGUCUGACUUUUGGAUAGGGGCUGACGACAGGGACAUGGACUACAUCUACACUUGGCUGGACGGUACUACGUUGUCGGUUCCCUUCUGGUGCCCCCAGCAACCCGACUUUUACGACUACGGCGGCGGCGGGUCUGAGCGUUGCGUCUACAUGAGAAGCACGUGGGGCGAAUGCUGGAACGACGCGUUGUGCAGCCAGUCGCGCCCAUCGCUCUGCCCCCCUUACCCCCAUGCCCCCUUACCCCUCUGCCCCCCUUACCCCCCUGCCCCUCUUAUCCCC